AUGAGGCUGGCUUUUAUUCUGCUGGUAGCUGGGUUUUGUGAGCUGGUAUGUCCCAAAGGAUAUGAUCCUUUCUUCUGGUUGAUGGCACUGCGCAACCGAGGUUAUGGAUAUGGGACCCUGCAGGCUGACACCAGGGGUGGGCAGUGCCCAGCCGAGUGCGAUUGCCCUCCCAGUUUCCCUGUGGCUAUGUAUUGUGAUGACCGUGGCCUCCGUGAGGUUCCUUAUGUCCCAUUCCGCAUGAAGUAUCUCUACCUGCAACGUAACAGGAUCACCAGCAUCCAAGAUGGAGCCUUUGACAAUGCCACUAAUCUUGUCUGGGUUAUGCUACAUCGGAACCAACUUGAUUCAAACCAGAUUGGAAAGAUGGCGUUCGUCAAAUUGAUCAACUUGGACCGAUUGUACUUGGAUCACAACAUCCUGAGCAGGGUGCCACCAAACCUUCCUCGCUCACUACGGGAACUCCGGCUUAACAACAACAACAUCUCCAAGAUCCAAUCGACAUCCUUUGAAGGCAUGAGAAAUCUGACCAUCCUGCAGCUACAUAACAAUGCUCUCCAAGAGGUGGGAAGUGCCCUGAAGGGCCUCACUUCCUUGACUGUCCUGGACCUUAGCAAAAACCAGCUGAAGAAGGUCCCUGAGGGCCUGCCUAAGAUGCUGCAACAGCUCUAUAUGGAAUUCAACAGCAUCAGUGCUGUUCCUGCCAACUUCUGUAACCAAUUCUCUCAUCUGCAAUACAUUCGGAUCUCCCACAAUGAGCUGACAGACAGCGGAAUUCCUCCUAACAUCUUCAAUGCCAGUGGCCUGGUAGAGCUGGAUCUGUCCUUCAACAAGCUGGAGAAGAUUCCUCCAGUUAGCACCAGCCUGGAGCACCUCUACCUGCAGGCUAAUCGUAUCAAAGAAUUUUCCCUCAGCAGUUUCUGCAGCGUGGUAGAUGUUGUGAACUUCUCCCAGCUGAAAGUGCUGAGACUUGAUGGCAACGAGAUCACCAUGAACGAUGUGCCAUCCGAUGCGGCCCUGUGUCUACGUGUUGCAUCCACCAUCGAGGUGUAGUGUGUUGUGUCUUUGUGCAGCCAACUGGG